AUGACGAAAAACAAUCAGGUCAACCCCAGUCGAUCUCCGACUGUGUGGGUUGAUCAAUCUGCUUUCUUCCAUGAGCACCCGAGCUCAAAACCAAUUGCUUCUCCCGAUAUCCAACCUUCGCCGAGUCAGAUGAUGACCGCCGCUGCAAUAGCAAUCGGUUCGAAGAAAUCACUCCCGGAUCACCCAAAGCGAAGCAUCCCACAGCUGAACCAAAACCCAUGGGAUACUUUCGAACCUGUUGCCGCAUCAUCGCAUGAUCGGUCUCUGAUCUUUGCCCGACACAAGACGAUGAAAGGAGAGUUGGUGCAUAUCCAACAACUCAAGCAACAGUUCUCACCCGCUAAAGAUUUCCUAGAACUGAUGGAACAAAUCUCUCAUCCAAGCUUUCUGAGGUUGCUCGAACGUUACCACCAUGACGCAUCCUACACGUUGGUCUGGGAGCCAACGGAAGUGUCAGUCAGUCACAUUUUAGCCUCCAGCUGCUCGAUUACCACCGAUGAACUGGUUGGAAUUGUCAAACCGGUAUUGGAAGGAAUACAAUAUCUGCGCGGGCUUGGAAGAGCACUCGCCACCCUGGGCCCGGAAACGAUCCUGCUCACACAGUCCGGCGAUGUUAAGAUCAUGGGCGUCGAGAAUAGCUGCCAGAUCAAUGAAUCGGAGAUGAAUUUUGCGACGAUGAAAUUAUGCGCUCUAGCUGAUGUUGUCACAAAAUUGAUGCUGAGGAAUCCUACCUACGAGUGGGAACCCAAGAUCAAAAAUUUGCCUUGCCAGCUGGAAAGCAUAUCCGUUGAGGAACUCUUGAAGGUAAAUUCAUUCCGUCUCUCCAAAUUCUCCGCUAAGGUGACAGAAUGCGAUGUUUACCAGAGGGUCAUGCGAAGGAGAGUUGAAAUUGUUGGUCAGUGUAGCCAACAAGACUGCUUAUCACGGUAUUAA